AUGAAGGGAUCGUGGGUUUGGAGGAAGCUCUUGAGGCUGAGAUCAGCUGUGUAUGAUUUCAUUAGGUACGAGCUCAAAAAUGGUCACACUGCCUAUUUUUGGUUUGAUAAUUGGCUUGGAAUGGGAAAGCUUAUUGACAUUACUGGAGUUGUUGGAACUUGUCAUCUGGGAGUGGCGCGUAAUGCGCGGGUGAGUGAUGCGGUUUCGCAUUCAGUCUGGAACGUUCGGGGCCAUCGAAGUCGUUACUUCCAUACGCUUUAUGAUCGAAUUCAAGCAGAGCAAGUUCCUCUAGAAUCUCAUGGUAGUGAUAUGGUGCUGUGGAGACAAUCAGAAGAUGAUUACAAGCCUUGUUUCUCCGCCUCAAAGACUUGGAAGCAAAUCAGGAGCCGAAAGGCUACUGUAUUCUGGAACAAAGUGGUGUGGUUCACACAGGCUGUUCCCCGCUUUUCCUUUAUUGUGUGGUUGGCGGUGAAGAAUCGUCUCUCAACAGGAGAUAGAAUGAGGGCCUGGGGUAUCCAGCAGGCGUGUGUAUUGUGUGGAGAAAUAGAUGAGACUCGGGAUCAUGUCUUCUUUGCAUACCCAUACUCCUUCACAGUAUGGGGUAUGGUUGCACACAGACUGACUGGGGCUCAGACUGGCCCAGACUGGAUAACUACACUGCAGUUUAUAAGUAUGAAUUCGCUUCAGAUCAUGGAUAGGAUUCUACUUAAGAUGAAAUUUCAGACUUCUAUUUAUCACUUAUGGAAGGAGAGGAAUGAAAGACGGCAUCACACUGGAUUCCGGACAGUUGAUCAGUUAGUUAAAACCAUUGCUAAGACUGUGCGAAACAGGAUUACAUCUCUGCGAUACAGGGGUGACCAUAAGCUUACUGGCUUGAUGUGCCGAUGGUCCGAAGUUUCAGCAUAA